UCCGAGAAGUGUCGCCUCCGCUGACGCCCUUAAAGCCGGUCCCUUUCGCCAGGAGGGAGAAGAGGCUGAGGCUGGGAGAGGAGCGAAUUGCAGGGGAAGGUAGAGAUUGUGGCAAACUUUCUAGCUGCUUCUGUGUGCUGCUACCUCAGCGGUGGGAGUGUCUGGCCAUAAGGAACUGCAAAGCCCAGACCUGAGAGCCCUGAGGCUCCAAAAAGACUUCCAUCUGCCUUUGGAGGAGGAACUGCCAGCAGUGCAAGCUGAGUAGAUGAUUCAGCUCUAGAGGAGAGAUUUGUCUUCACGAUUUCCUUUGAAAGCACAAUGGACACAUUUUAGAGUUUUACAGAAAUCGGAAAUCGUCUAGGAACAAGAACAUUGGACUUUAAGGAAUAACAGAGUUCAAAGAGCCCAGAAAUUGGUCACUGGUAAUCCUGUCUUCGCCAUACAGCUUGGAAAUGAAUACCAUUGAGACAGCAAAGCUUGAAGAGCAUAUGGAGGGUCAAACGAAUGACACUUCUAAUGGCUACUCACGACCUACUCUCUCAGUCAGUGAAGAGAACAAAAAUGGCACUAACAAACCAAAGGGCUUGUCAAAUGGCUUGCGGAAAACAGCAAAGAAAUAUCCUGAUUACAUCCAGAUUUCUAUGCCUGCUGAGGCUAGGAACAAAUUUCCUCUGGAGUGGUGGAAAACAGGCAUUGCCUUUGUCUAUGCUCUCUUCAACUUGAUUCUAACAACUGUCAUGAUCACUGUGGUCCAUGAGAGAGUACCUCCAAAGGAGCUAAGCCCUCCCUUGCCUGACAAAUUUUUUGAUUACAUUGAUCGUGUGAAAUGGGCUUUUUCUGUAUCAGAAAUAAACGGAAUGAUACUGCUUGGAUUAUGGAUAUGCCAGUGGUUGUUUCUUAGAUACAAAUCAAUAGUGGGACGCAGGUUCUUUUUUAUAAUAGGAACUCUGUAUCUGUACCGCUGUAUUACUAUGUACGUUACCACCUUACCUGUGCCUGGGAUGCAUUUUCAGUGUGCACCAAAGUUGAAUGGAGAUUCUCAGGCAAAGGUUCAGAGAAUCCUGCGACUGAUUUCUGGUGGUGGUCUGUCCAUAACUGGAUCACACAUCCUGUGUGGAGACUUCCUGUUUAGUGGACACACUGUGGUAUUAACGCUGGUCUACCUGUUCAUCAAAGAGUAUUCACCACGUCAUUUCUGGUGGUAUCACUUGAUCUGCUGGCUAAUGAGUGCUGCUGGUAUCAUUUGUAUCCUUGUUGCUCAUGAACACUAUACUGUAGACGUCAUCAUUGCUUAUUAUAUCACCACACGGCUCUUUUGGUGGUACCACUCAAUGGCUAAUGAAAAGACUUUAAAGGUUUCUUCGCAGACGAAUUUUCUCUCUCGAGCAUGGUGGUAUCCAAUAUUUUAUUUCUUCGAGAAGAAUGUGCAAGGCUCUGUUCCUUGCAGCUUUUCCUGGCCAAUAUCUUGGCCUCCCAGCUGCUUCAAAUCUUCAUGCAAAAAGUAUUCACGGGUUCAGAAGACAGGAGAGGACAAUGAAAAAUCUACCUGAAGAAAUGAAGGAAAGCAUCUGCUCUGUGGUUUUUUUUCUGUUUUCUUUUGUUUUGUUUUUUACCAAAACAUUAAUGCUGUAACCAAAGUUCUUAAGAGGACUCUACUGUAACUGAAGAAGUGGACCAAGCUUCUGUGCAAUUGAUUGAAGAGACAAUUAUAGACACAUAUAUAUUGCCAUUUCAGAUGUUUUCUUAUCAUCAGGCUGUACAGACCUAUUCUACUCCUCAGAGCUAAUGAAAUGCACCACUGAUGGGAUUUUUUUAUUAAAAAAAAUGGAGCAGGACUUUGCUUUACUAACGAGAUAGAGGUGCCAAAGACUACAGUAACACUUUCAUUACUAACUAUCACUCAUCCACAGAAGCACCCAAAAGUCUCAUCUUCAGAGUUCUGGAGUGCAUAAGGGCAAAAACAUGCUCAAUUGUAAAGGCACGAUAUUGGCGUAUCAAGGUAUAUAAAAAAAUAACACAAUAGUGGGAAGUGGUUUGUUGCAUUAUUCUUGCUAAUGAAGGUAAGGCCUUUGCAUGACUGGUACAGCUGGAAGCGAGUCUGACUUUUUUUACACACUGGGGGUAUGAAUAUCUUAUGACCCUAAAAUAUUGCUUACCACUAUUAUCUCCCAUGUAUUCUACUAUAUACCAAUUUUUACAUUUUUAUUAGUAAUUUUAUAUUUAAACUGUUGUGCUACCUGAUGACUUUGCUAAUUAGAAAUAGCUGCUAACAUCAGAGGUCAAGGAGCCUAAAAUUUUAUUUUUAAUAAGGGACACAGUUUCAAAAAUCUUUAAUUACAGUUGGCCUUGUGUAUAUAGCUAUACAGUGCCUAUCAGUGUAUGUACAUGCAUAUACACACAAAAGCACACACUAAACGAAGUUAUUUACUGGGAAGAGUGAUCAUAGAGUUCUUCAUGCAGGUGAAAGUCCCACAGCUCUCACCUGCUUGAGGAAUGGAAGGCCAGGUCCAAAAUGAGGCUACACUUAAAAUUUAAUUUUAAUUUUAGUAGCUAUCUCUUGCUGAAGCUGUGUAGCAAGUUUGCUUGGGAGCCAUAGUUCUGCGUUGAAUUUUUUUUUUCUUUACCUGUUGGCACAUGUUUCUGUGACUUUACUUUGAAAGAAAACCCUCCAAACAAAAACAUGCCAAGGUAAAUACCUACAACAGCAGCAUUUCUUCAAGUAUAACCAAAAACCCUUUCAUAUUAAAUUACACUGUUGUAGAACUCACAUGUAGGUUCCUUUUUUCCCCAGGGUUUCAGUCCAAUUAAAAUGUCUAGUUAAACAAGUUGUCUGAGAAAGUGGGAAAUUAGCAUCGGGUAAACAUGUAACAAAACCACAAAUUAACUGCUACCAGGUUCUUGUUGGUUUAUGUUUUGUAUUGUUGGGAAAGCAAAGUAGAAAAUUAGCAUACCAUGUUUAACCAUUUUUAUUCUGGAUUAAUUUCUGCAGUUAAUUCAAUAUUGUUUUCCAAUUUUCAGUGAAACCUGAUGCAAAAAUAAAACUGCACCAAGUGUUGAGGUGAUACUAAUAUAAAGGAAAUGCUGCUUAAUAUUAAGAAUGUCUUGAAUUGACUGACAAGUGUGAACACAAUUUAAAUUAUGACAACUUCCUUUUAAAAAGUUCAGUUAAAGUUAUAAAAUGAAAUAGUAUUAAAAUAUGAUUUUUUUUUUCAGCUAAGGGGAUCAUUGCUCUUGUUGUACAUGAGUAUUUUUGUGCAUUAUCAAAAUAAUACAAUAAAAAAUGUUCCUUACAUCCUUGGUAAAACUUAGCUAAGAAAGAAGUUCUGCUGAUGUUUGGUUUUGUUAUUUAAAAUGAGCUUAGUAGACUCUGAUAACAUGCCCCUGAAGUUGUGUGUGUAUGGGCAUAACUAUGCUUCCAUUUGCUUGCUCCUAGCAGACUUUGAACAGUUAAAAAGCCAGUAUCAAACACUUAUGAGUCCUUUUUCUCUGUCAUAUGAAUGAGUCUGUUCAAUGUCAGUCAGUAAAUCUCCCAAGAUACUUGUUAUUUUAGUACUACUUCAUAGAGCAUAAUUUUUUAAAGAUUAAAUCUAAGCUUUGUGAUAUCCUAAAUAUGGUCAUGUUAAGCCACCUGUAGUAAUACUGUCUUUUAGGAUUUAUGAACAGAUUUCAUUAUUGGUAACCAUACCUUGAAAAUUAACAUGAUUAGAAGAAGCCUUACAGGAGGAGCCUAAACAGUGGUUUUCAUCUGGUGGCUGAAAAAUAAAUACUUAGGUAGUCCAGAUAGCUAAUUGCAUAACCACCACCGUGUCUCAGUGGGAUUUCUGUAAUAUAUCUGCAAAGUAGAACUUCGUGCAAGAUGAGGUGUUUUGGGUUUUUUAUGCUUAUUCUUAUUUCUGGAAGGAAAAAAAUGUGAGUGAUGCAAUAGAACCAAGUGAAGACUCUGCUUUCAUGGAGUCAUUUGGGCUUUCCUUAUACUGCUGAAUUUGAUAGCAACUUCUAUUGUAAUACAAAAGGAAAGUUUAAGUGGCAGCUCGAGCUUAAAAUACUUGAUUCCUGUUCUGGCUCAGCCCUUCCAUAAGUGCUUAAUAUUUCUCCGUUGUAUCCAAACCCUCAGAAGGGGGUGUGUGUGUGGGGGGUAGUGUUUAAUUAGCAGAAAGCACCAGUUUGCUAUUCUCUCAAUAGCUUUUAAUUGCUUUUGCAAACUUGGAUGGUAUAGUUGUAUUUGAAGAUUGUUUAGGCCUAUAUAUAGGGUGAUGAAAUGGGGUAAGUAAUCAUACAUGCUGAUUCUUACUGCUAUAGUAGUUUAUCUAAUACAAGCCACAACUGCUUCAUGAAAAUUACUAAUUUUAAGAUCUUACUGAUUGUUGUAUAUUAAUACCAUGAAGCUGAAAAUAUAGUUUCAUCCUAAGAGGAAAAAGGAUUGCAGUAGGUAAAAAGGAGAAACUUGAACUUAAGCCUACAAUCAAAUUAUUAGUACAUUAUUUGGACUGUAUAUGCCCAAUGUUUUGCAACCUGUCAUUACUUAUUUUUUCCUAGUUACAAUAUUUCUUACAGGUGUCAUAUGGGCUGCACCUGUGCUGUGACUAUAACAUGCUCCUUCUCUCUGCUGAAGAGCAUUUACAUGUUGAACUUUCCAGACACUUCAAAAAACCCAAACCCAAGAACUAAACUCUACACUUGUACACCUGGCAUAUCAGUAUGACUUAGUUGCCUUGUGUUUAUGAAACAAGCUUUGUGAAAUGCCUCAUCUAAAUUUAAACCUGGAUGUAACAGGUUAACUUUCAGGAUUUAAAGAAAUGUGCUCCUAAGUGGUCAUGCUAUAGAUGUUUAAUUUUAAUGCUAGAAAUGAUUAACAUAUACUUGAAACCCCUGUAAAAGGACACUUUUUUUUUUCUGGUAUGUGCUUAGCACUCCCAUGUGGUCAUAAGUGGUACUAUGGAUUAGCCAUCCUUCAUUGCAGUUUUCUUGGAAAGAUUGCUACAGGUGGGGUAGUAGCAAAAAUAGCUGUGCUAAACGUUGCUAUGAACUCAAGUACUGCAUUUGCUUCCCUCCUUAAAGGGUGAGGGAGAAGGAAACUAAAAAAAAAAAUAAAUCAAGACUGUAUAUGCUAAGGUGCACUACCUUCAUGUAAUAGAGAAAUAAGUUCAGUAACAGGGACAGAACUGGGAAGUCUUCUAAGAUAUGAGAGAGCAAUCUCUUAAUUGGAUUAUUGCAAAUCCACUUACCAGUGUCUUAAAUCGGAAUCUGUUCAAGGUAUGGCUUUCUCCCAUCGUUAGUGUCUGGCUAGACAGUUUAUGGUAAGUUGUUUGGUACUGACCUGAAUUCUCUUGCUCAGUUCAGUAGAUGUGAAGUAUGAUUUACAGUUCUGGAGACGGGUCCAUAAAGUGCAGUGCAAAGUGAAGCCUUUCCAUUUACUUUAAAUGAACUUUUCCAUAGCUCUUUGUUUUGUUUGGGUUUUUUUUUAACUUAUAAACCUUGAAUCUUAAAGAUUCAUGAGGUAAUUUUGGAAACAUGUCCAAUCUAUCAGAUGCACUGAAACCAUUUUUCCUUACUAGUAGACUUAACUACUAGUUAACUAACUCCAUUGUCAUCUUGAUAUUUUUACAAUACCCAUGAUUUGGACUUAGCCAGAACUCUUCUAUGAACACAUAAAAUUAGAGUGAUACUGUAAGAUUGAACACUUCUGAAACAUUCUAUACAAGCCACUGUACAAUCAACAUCUUAAAUUCAGUUACUGAGGAAAGGGAUCUUAAAAAUAAAUACUUCUGUUGGGCUCCACUCAAAUGAGUGUUGCUGCUUAAGUGCACAUGAGAAAAAUAUCCUAGCAUGUCACUGAAGUAACUUUGCUUAUAAGUAAGCCUUCAUAUGCUACUUUAUUAUGCUUCCCAGUGUCCAAAAAGAAGUGCUGUGAAACAGGACAAAGGCUUUUGUUCUAGUAUUUACAAGAAAAAGACAGAUGAAAACAAAGAAGUAGAUGGUGAUCAUAUAUUGCUUUUUACACGAAAUUGAGCUAAAACUACACCUAACUUCUAAGUAAUGUAGAAAUAAAUUGUUUUUUUGUGUAAUAGUGCUGAAAAAAAAAGCCUUUAAGGAAAUAGGCAAUGUUAAGUACUUCAUUCUACAGUACAGCUGUGUAUCUGUGCUGGUUCUCAUUCAUAACUUAGUGUAAAAAUAAAACGCAAGUCUGAGAGAUGCUUGGAGAUUUUAAAAUACUUAAAUAUAAUUAGCAAUUUUUUGUGAGUUGUUCCUUCAAGCUCUCACUAAUAGCUUCUAAAACAAGAACAAAGUGCUGCAAUGCUUAAAACAUACUGAAGCUUUUUCUAGUUGGCUUAAGUUUCCAUGGAUUUAACUGUUUGAUUAAGUCUUAUUAACCUAGAAAGCAGCACACGAGAAUGUCAGGCUAGAUACAGAUAGCUUGUGUAUUGUAGGGAAACAUUCUAGUUCUGAACUCAUCUUUCUGAACAAAACACUCAGUGCCUGAAUGAUGUUUUAAGAUGGAGUAACAAUACUGGGCAGUCUCUAAUGUGUAUCUAAAAUACUGGUGUUGAAGAUUCCUUCUCUCCUAAUGUAAAUUGGUGAUGAAAAACUCAGGAAGAUUUUAAUUGUUUUCAGUGAAAAUGUUUUAAUUACAAAGGAUUUGGAGUUUAGCAAAGAGUUAGCAGUUUGUUUUCUGUGGCUCUUUGCUGUGCACUAACCUUUAAGAUGCAAACUAGGUAGGAGAGAAGAGCAAAGCAGCUCUCUUGCUGGAAGGAGCAGUGUGUGACUUUUGAACUAAAAUUAUAUUGACUGCAUGCUACCUGCAGUCUUAUCUGUACUAUAGCUGAAAAAAGAUGCUGUGUUAUACUAUUAUACUUAGUGUUCACACUUUUUCAUAUUAUUCUGUAGUGGUUGGCCCAGUCCUUCCCCUAGAUGAGGAGUGACUAUUUUUGUCCUUUGCUUGCUGUAUGGUUGAACAUAACUGGUUUUAGUUCUGGUAAAUACCAAUGAAAAAAAAGUAGAUCCAUUGUAUACAGUGCCUAAGAUGUUUUUAAGGAGUCUAUGCAUGGGUUUCUUCUAGGAGAAAUACUCUUCUUUCAAGCUGUGCCUGUAUAAUUAUGUCAGCUCCUGCAUUUGCCCUGAGCAUAGCAAGGUUUUUAAGAUGUUAGCAUUUGUGACACUGCAAAGAAUUACUACAGAAGAAUCUCAUUUGUGCCAAUUGAGAUGACUUUUCGCAAAGUAACUUUGCUGAAUAUUUGACUUUUGGUUUUGGUUUCUUUGGGGGAGGGGGUUUAUUUGGUUUGGUUUUUUGGUUUUUUGUUCUUUUUUUUUUAAUUAAAAGAAGAAGCAGUCAAAAACUAGUCUGAAGUAAAAGCAUCUUGAGCAGGUGGGCACCCAGGCACCGUGCAGGCACAUGUGUGCAGAGAGGGGCCCCUGUGGCAUGUGCAGUGUUGGAUUCAGUACGGAGGCUUCUCUGGGAAGGUGAACUAGGUUGUACUUACAUAGUAGGCUGUGAACCAUCUUGGCUUGUCAUUUUGAGCUCCUUUCAGACUGAGAGCACAGUACCAAAGGUGGCAAUAGCUAAAAAGUGUAGUGAAGGUCACUUGCAAAUCAGAAAAGUAUAAAAGGGCUGAAAAGGCAGAUCUCUGUAAAACCAGUCAUUGGAGAGCUGUGUUCUAAUUCAAGGGAGCAUAAAAUUUGGGGUUACUUCAAGCAUGUGAGUUCCAUUUAAAAUGAAUGGGUCUGUUUGCUUUUUAAAUUACUGGGUUUUUUUUCAUUCGAGAUGAUAGGAGCGCUGAGAAUAUCAAGAGGAAAUUAUCUCCCUGCUUACUUUUACCUUUACCAUUGAAGUGUUUGUGUAUGAACAAUAUUACUGAACUCCAGCCCCUCUUACAUUUUGACCAACUUGUUAUGAGUGCUUUAUUUCUUUAAAAACUGAGUUUGCAUUCCACUUUUUUCAUAAUUUGUUGCCACUCAAAAUGCUGCUUACACUUAAGCCUGUGCUGAUCUGGGCUCCUGUCUCACUAUGUCUGCCUCUUCUAAAUGGCUCAAUACAGAAGAGUAGGAUUUACGUUUGAGAAGACUCUGUAAUUAACCCUAAAGCCAAAAGGCAUUCUUGUCAGACACAUCUUUGCACAAUUUGAGACUUGAAAGUAUUUUUAAAUACAAACCCUAACAUGCUAGGACAUACUUUGGUUUUUUUCUCUCAGGAAUCAGUUCUUGCUCUUUAAAUGUUCAGUAUGUUUGUUUGUGUUUGUUUUCCUGAUUCAGGAGAGCAUGUGUGAGAUGUGAAAAAGAUGAGUUCUGGCAGCUUCGUGAAGUCAGGGUCAUACCAAGGAACCUGAAAGUAAAAGCAGAAAUAAUGGUCUGAUGGCUGAUGUUCUCGUGCUUUCCAUGUGACUUUGAAAACUGUAAAGACUUAUGUAAAAACACUGCAGGAGACUUUGCUUUUAACUGCAACAUGUUUUCAUACUCAUUGGCCGACAGCUUUUCUUGCAUGAUUUCUCCUAGCUUGAAUCUGUAGUUCUGUACAUAGGUUGGAGCUAUAUAUCCAACCUUGGAAAAAUUAGGCAAGAAAAGCUGUUGGCUGCUGAGGAACCCUACCUGAUAAUGUAGGAAUGCUGUAAUGCGUGCACGAUAAGGAGCUAAUAAAUGGCAGGUUUUUAUGGCUUUAGGGUCCAGUUCUGCAAACACUGCACAGCAUAAUGCUACAAUAACAAAUGAUAAUACUUAAAGACCUUUUGUGCUGUAGUUUCCACUAAGGUUUGCAAACUGGACCUCAUUUUUACAUAAAUUUUUCACAGUUAGCAAGAGUUGACUUUUAUCUUGUGAAACUUUCAGGAUGACACUUUAUAGCUGAUGUCAGCUAUUUUGGUUAGGUAACUGAGUGUUGUGGUUUGCUGUAUGCGUGCAAGAGAGACUUAGAGCUAGAGUUGUGAUUUGUAAGAUAUUGCAAUCUGUUCACUGUAUAAAAAAAAAGAAAAACCCCAAAAAACCCUAUUGCACUAGCUGUACUUUAAAAAAAAAGCAAUAACAUGAGCAUCUUUUAGCUUUUGUCUCCAAAGGUGCUAUCUGUCAUGAUCAUUUGCAUUGUUGGCCAUGAAUUUGGUAAAAACAUGUUAAAGAAGUUGUCUUAUGUUGUUUAGUUGGCACAUACAAGUAGAAAUAUUUUGUAGUCAGCCUGUGUACUGACAAAUGCAAUACUUUGGACUACUUACAUGACCACCCAUACCUUUAAAAAUCAGAAACCUAUAUCCAUUUAUGGUGCUAAUGAUCUCAGAUAUUAUUAAGAGCUGGUAUUCUCUUCUUACCCAUGAACACUAAGGAAAGCUGUUUUGACAUCUUUUCAAUAAAGCAAAAUUUCUCUACUUUUUGAGCCCGUUCCAGAUGCUUUUAAUAUAAAUGACCCUUUUCUAUUUCUAUUUUAUAUAAAAACUGCAAACAAAGUAAGUAUUUCAAUGCAGGAAAACAUUAGGAGUGUAUAUGUUGGUCUAAACUACAUGUCCAAGUCUAAGUUUUCAUACAUUCUUAAGAUAGCUAGUCUUCUGAAACUCAGUAUGAAAUACAAGAGUUGUGUUGGCAGGAUUAAGGUGCAAGCUAGUAGUUUAAAGAAAAUCAUCCUCUGGCUUCAUCAUCAUUGUUGAAGCCUCAGAGACAGAGAGGAUGCGAAAUGCACAAAAGCUGCAGCAGGAGAACACCAAUUAUGCAGGGUAGAUCCACCUUUUGCUGAAAUUUCAAAAAAACAAACUUGUGAAGGAACAUGACCAUGUAACCAUAUCUAAAGAACAGAAUUGAAAUUUGAUGUAAUUAUCAAGGCUGUUCAUUGUAGGACAUUAUAAAAACCCAUUAAAGGACGUUAAACUAGAUUAUUUAGAUUGUGGAACAGCAAUGUAACUUUCUAGCUUUGUUUGAAAGCUUCACAAGCAACGUUCUCUUAAGACAAAAAACUCUUGUGCCUUCUGUUGCAGAAGUUGUUGUUCUCUUCCCUCCCUGCCUUUGGUUAUGAAUUUUUUUGUAUAUAAUGAAGGACAGUGCACUUCCCAAUCUUUUCAGGAGGCAUUUUUGGGCAGCAGUACCUACACUUUCUACCCAUGGAGAAUACCAAUACUCUGUUUCUUUCUAAAGGCCCCUUACAUGUCAACUUGCAGUUGUAAAAGUGCCUGCCUGUGACACAUACGGCAAGCCUACUGUAAUCAGCUCUGAAAUAAAUAUGCUCUAUUUGAUAUGGACACGUGAACCUGGCAGAGUGGAUGCCAUGUCCAGGUACACCCUGGUGAGUCAGCAGGGUGCAGCCUGGAACACUGCAGCACAUUCCUCUGCUCUAAAGUAGUAGUGCUCUGAGGUUUUGGUCCCUAAACUGUUCUCUUUCAUAUACUGUAAUAAGUUCUCUUGAAUCACAUACACCUUGCAUGUCAAGGAAUAUGGGCUUGUAAAAGAUCUAUUUUAUGGAACUUCUGUGUCAAUGCAAAGAAUAUUCCAUGGCUAAAGUAACUUAAUUUAAAGCAGAAACCCAUCAUCUGAGAUAAAAUCAGGGUGAGCUGCUGGGGGUUUUCUUGAGUGAAGAGGGAUAAUCUAGUAGCAAUAGUCUAGAUUGUGUCUUGCUACUUGUCUCAGUGCCUGCUUUAAUAGUAGGACACGUGGAAGAGCCAAAGAUAGAACAAAGUCAUCCGUAACAGUCCUAAGCCACAUUGAAAUAUAACUUUCCUAUCUCUUAAUUACUAGAUGCUUCAGAGAAAAAGGGCUUUUGUUUUUUAAUUUA